AUGCCUUCCAAUGAAACUGCCACAAGAAGCAUGUCACUUCCAGAAAACAAAGAACGGCCUAUGUACAGCCAAUUAUCAGAGGAUGAAUUAACAGAUCUUGAUGAUUCUGUAGCAGAUCCUUCUUACAGACCCAAACGGAGAGAGUUUUUAGACGCUUACAGCAAUGAAGAAGAGGAAGUUACAAUUGAAGAUGAAAACUUGACACCUGCUAAACUCAAGCCAAAUAAACCAGCAAAUCCGGAUCUUUGGACAAGAAAUGUAAAUAUGAAUCGACGUAUGAAGGGAAAAGAUUACAUAGGAUCUAUAAUUGAAAAUGGAAAAAGUUUAAAGGUACAAAAACCAGGACGGCAACUGCGUCCACGAGGCUGUACUGAUUUUUGCAAGAAGUCUAAACAAAGAUUUUGUGAUGUGUUCUCUGAGGACGAUAGACUUACCUUGUUUAAUAAAUUUUGGGCUUUAAAUUGGCAUCAAAAGCAGUGCGUAGUAGUCCAUUCAGUGUCCAAAAAGAAAGUAGCGGAGCGUAAAGUAGAAGGUAACACAGAUGGAAUAUUCCGAAAAAAACAAAGUCACCUGCUAAAGCACCAAAGAGAUCACGAAAGAUCAUCAACGUCUAAAUCAUAUUUAGAGCCUAUCUUCGUUUCAUUUGAAGAUCUAUAUAGAAUUUACAAAGAUCAUUGUUUGUCAAAUGCUGGUACUGCUCUUUGUAAGAAAGCAUUCCACAGUGUCUUUGAUGAGUUAAAUUUGGCACUCUUUCGACCAAAAAAAGAUCAGUGUGAUGUUUGCUGUGCGUUCGAGAAUCAGAAUCUGACUAAAGAUGUAUACGACAAUCACAUCCAGCGGAAGGCUGAUGCACGGCUAUCUAAGGUACAAGAUAAGCUUGUUGAUGAAAAUGAUGAAUCUGUCAAGGUACUUACCAUGGAUUUACAGGCUGUAUUAUUAUCACCUCGAUUACAAGCAUCAGCAAUGUAUUAUAAAACCAAGCUGGCAUGCCACAAUUUUACGAUAUACGAUUUGGCUACUAAAGAUGUAACAUGCUUCUUUUGGCAUGAAGGCGAAGGUGAACUAACAGCCAAUACUUUUGCUUCAUGCAUAUUCGAGUAUGUAAGGAUGAUGUCGCCAAAAGUGAAAACGCUCAUAAUUUACAGUGACGGGUGUACGUACCAAAACCGUAACACUACCAUGUCUAACACCCUGCUCAAGUGUGCAGCCAACAACGAUAUUACCAUAGUCCAGAAGUAUUUGGAGAAAGAACAACGGGAUAGAUAUUACGAAUUAAACAUCCCGCCAGAAGAAUGGGAUAGAUAUUAUGUAUUAAACAUCCCACCAGAAGAAUGGGAUAGAUAUAAUGAAUUAAACAUCUCACCAGAACAAUGGGAUAGAUAUUACGAAUUAAACAUUCCGCCAGAACAAUGGAAUAGAUAUUAUGAAUUGAACAUCCCACCAGAACAAUGGGAUAGUUAUAAUGAAUUAAACAUCCUACCAGAACAAUGGGAUAGAUAUUACGAAUUAAACAUCCUACCAGAACAAUGCGAUAGAUAUUACGAAUUAAACAUCACGCCAGAACAAUGGGAUAGAUAUUACGAAUUAAACAUCUCACCAGAACAAUGGGAUAGAUAUUAUGAAUUAAACAUCCCACCAGAACAAUGGGAUAGAUAUAAUGAAUUAAACAUCUCACCAGAACAAUGGGAUAAAACAUCUCACCAGAACAAUGGGAUAGAUAUAAUGAAUUAA